AUGAUCAACAACAACAGAAUAGGAAUUGUUAAUGAAGAUUCUGAAACAAUUACGUCGAAUGUAGCUCGACCAAAAAAAUUAUGUGAAUAUCUGAAAAGAAGAAAAGUGAUGUGCAUCAUAGUUAUUAUUAUUGUACUUGCUAUAAUCAUAACAAUUUCAAUUGUUAUCUGCAAAACAAAAAAAACCAACAGUGAACAAACAUCAGCAGUAGAAGAAACAACAAUUGGAAUGACAGAAAAAAUCGAAGUUACAACAGAAUCACCCACCACAUCAAUUUCAACAAUAACGUCAACAGCAACGUUACCAGCAGCAUUAACUUCAACAAUAACGCUACCAAUAACGUCAACAUUAACAACGUCAGUAUCAAAAUUCAACAAAUGGAAACAAAAUGCCAUCACUGUGGCUGGUGGGUAUGGACCAGGACAAGCAUUAAAUCAAAUUAAUACCCCUCAAGCAAUCUCUAUUGACAAAAAGAAAAAUAUUUUCAUUGCUGAUUAUAAUAAUGAUCGUAUUGUUGAAUGGAAAUAUAACGCAAAAGAAGGACAAAUCAUUGCAGGUGGAAAGGAAAAAGGAAAUCGAAUGGAUCAGUUGAAUGGUCCAACAGAUAUGAUUGUUGAUCAACAAGAUCAUUCGAUCAUUAUUGCUGAUAAGGGGAACAGACGAGUGAUUCGUUGGUUUAAUCAAAAUCAACAAAUUCUCAUUGAUAAUAUUGACUGUUAUGGUUUGGCAAUGCAUAAAAAUGGAUCUCUUUAUGUUUCUGAUCUUGAGAAGAAUGAAGUGAGACGAUGGAAAAUGGGAGAAUAUAACAAUGAAGGAAUUGUAGUGGCAGGUGGAAACGGACAAGGAAAUAAACUCAAUCAGCUCAAUUUUCCUACUUUUAUCUUUGUUGACGAAGAUCAAUCUAUUUAUGUAUCAGAUCACACCAAUCAUCGUGUGAUGAAAUGGAGAAAAGAUGCAAAAGAAGGAAGAAUUGUGGCUGGAAGAAAUGGUCAAGUGGGAAAACUUAAUCGAUUGUCUUAUCCUCAAGGAGUAAUUGUUGAUGAUUUGGGUCAGAUCUAUGUGGCAGAUUGGGGGAAUCAUCGAAUAAUGCGUUGGUGUGAAGGAAAAGAAGAAGGUGAAAUUAUUGUUGGUGGAAAUGGUAAUGGAAAUCGAUUAAAUCAACUGAGUUCUCCUAAUUAUUUAUCUUUUGAUGAUGAAGGAAAUCUUUAUGUUGCUGAUUAUUUGAAUCAUCGAAUUCAAAAAUUUGAAAAAUGUUAUGGCCUAAAUGACUUCUUAGUUCUAAGUUCACUUACGCUUACAGUUAGUGGUAAUGGACCACAAUCAAUAUCACCGGGGAGAAAAGUAACAACUACAGUAUCAUCACAGUCAACACUUGAAAAGUUACCUCAAUCUAAUUACCAAAAUAUGGAAUAUAAAAAACUUCUUAUUGGCCAGAACAAAGAAGACGAUAUAGAAUUGACUGCAAAACGAGCAACUACAUAUGACGCAUCACCAUCAUGCAAAUCUGAAUCCGAAAAGAAAAACAAUAUUAAACAAUCUACUCGUCAAGAAACAGAAUCCCUAAUAACUAUCAUUAGUAUUACAAUAUGGGUUAUUUCCAUUAAAAAGGCCGAAAAAACAAUUAAUACAACUACAACUAUAAUUAAUCUAUCGGCACCAGGAACAACAAUUCUUAGAACGUCGACAACAGAAACAGCAAUGCUUACGACCUGGACAACAAAAACAUCAGUUCAUACAACGUCAACAAUAGAAACAACAAUUCUUACAACAUCGACUAAUUCUCAUACAACAACAAAGAAUGAACCAAAAUUCAACAAAUGGGAAAAAAAUGCCAUCACUGUGGCUGGUGGAAAUGGACAAGGACAACAAUUAAAUCAACUCAAUAGCCCCAAAGGAAUCUUCAUUGAUAAAAACAAAAAUAUUUUCAUUGCUGAGUAUUUGAAUCAUCGCAUUGUCGAAUGGAAAUACGAUGCAAAAGUAGGACAAGUUAUUGCAGGUGGAAAUGGGCAAGGAAAUCGAAUGGAUCAAUUGGAUUAUCCAACAGAUGUGACUGUUAAUCAACAAAACCAUUUGAUUAUCAUUGCUGAUCUCGGGAACAGACGAGUAAUUCAAUGGUUGGAUCAAAAUCAAAAAAUUCUCGUUGACAAUAUUGACUGUUGGGGCUUGGCAAUGGAUAAAAAUGGAUUUCUUUAUGUUUCCGAUUAUACGAAGAAUGAAGUGAGACGAUGGAAAAUGGGAGAAUAUAACAACGAAGGAAUUGUAGUGGCAGGUGGAAACGGUGCAGGAGAUCAACUCAAUCAAUUCCACUAUCCUACUUUUAUCUUUGUUGAUGAAGAUCAAUCUGUUUAUGUAACAGAUCAGGACAAUCAUCGUGUGAUGAAAUGGAGAAAUGGUGCAAAAGGAAUAGUUGUGGCUGGAGGAAAUGAUCAAGGAGAAAAUCUUAAUCAGCUGUACCAUCCUGAAGGAGUAAUUGUUGAUGAUUUGGGUGAAAUCUAUGUAGCUGAUUGUUGGAAUUAUCGAGUAAUGCGUUGGUGUGAAGGAAAAGAAGAAGGUGAAAUUGUUGUUGGUGGAAAUGGUAAUGGAAAUCAAUUCAAUCAACUGAGUUUUCCCACGGGUUUAUCUUUUGAUGAUGAAGGAAAUCUUUACGUUGCUGAUCAGUACAAUCAUCGAAUUCAAAAAUUUGAAAUAAUUCUGUGA